AUGGCUGCUGUUAUUCCUAUUGAUAAAUUGAACCUAUUCACAGCUGCUCAACUACGUGAACUCAUAUGCCUUAAUCAAGAAAUCAAUUUAGAAGUCUUAGAAGAAAACACCGUUUACGAGAAUUGCUUAAGAACAGACCUGCAUAUAGAAAACUUCUGGGGAGCAAUAAAAUCAUUAAAAGAAAGUGAGCUUGCCAAAUUUAUUGACUAUAUUGCCAGAAGGUCUAAGCUUAUUGAGUGGGAUUGGCCUCAUAAAUUUACAAUAGCCAAGCACAGUAAAUCUGGAGCUGUGAAUACAUUGAUUCCUAUUAUCGACAAUGUUAUAUUCAGACUUGAGCUGCCAGCUUAUACAUCUCCAGAAAUCAUGAAAGAGAAGAUCAUAUUUGCGAUUGCCCACAAUAGCAAGUUUGAUUCUUUAGACAUUAAUAUUUAA